AGCAAACGGGUUGGGUUAGCUCCUCGGCCGGACCGUCCCGGGGACUGCAGCCUGCUGCAGGGCAGGAACUGCUUGACAGGUGCUGCUGUUUAUAAGAUUCAGCUGCCUUAACUGGUCGGGGUGUGAAUAACGAAGAAAGAAGCGUUUCCUGUCGGCGGCUCAGAACGUUGGCUUUGGGGUUUUCUGCCCUCCUCCUCAAAGCUGACAGAAUUAGUGUUUUUGCAGACAGAUUCUGCGGUUUUUUUUUUUUUGUGUCAUAGAUGAUGAAAUGUGCCUGUCUUCCUCUCACAGGUUGUUUGAUACUCGGAGGACGGAAAAAAAAUCAAAAAGCACACUUCCUCUCAGCAUCCUCCCCCUCCCUGCCAGCCUGUGGAUGAGAAAGGCGCCGCGGCAGAGAGAAAGAGCCGCCUGGAUCCUGGAGGUUCUCUGGACAUCGGUGGCUCACCUGCGAACAUGUCGCCGUUCCUGCGGAUCGGCUUCUCCAGCUUUGAGAUCGAUCCUGGUUUGGCCUACUAUGAGGAGGUGCUGAACCCGUACUGCGCCGUGUACAUGAAGGAGGCCAUAGACACAGAGAAGGGCCAGGUCUACAAGCAGAAGAAGCCCACUAUGUACCCACCGUGGAGCACCACGUUUGACGCCCACGUCCACCGCGGCCGCAUCAUGCACGUGAUGGUGAAGGACCGCACGGCAGAGCUCAAGUCAGAGGCCACAGUGGCUCUAGACUCCUUAGCUUCACGCUGCAGGAAGGAGAACGGAAAGCUGGAGAUCUGGCUGGAGAUGAAGCCGCAGGGUCGCCUGCUGAUGGAGGCCAGAUACUACCUGGAGAAGAGUGACGCUGCAGGUCAGACCGGCGCAGACCCGGAAUCAGUGCGGGCCGGAGACGGUCUGUUCACCCUCCAUCAUCGACGCGGCGCCAUCAAACAGGCCAAAGUCCACGUGGUCAAGUGUCACGAGUUCAGCGCCACCUUCUUCCCUCAGCCGACCUUCUGCUCCGUCUGCAAAGAGUUUGUUUGGGGUCUGAACAAGCAGGGAUACCAGUGCAGACAGUGCAACGCUGCCAUCCACAAAAAGUGCAUCGACAAAGUCAUCGCCAAGUGUACCGGUUCAGCCGUCAACAGCAAGGAGACCAUGAUCCACAAGGAGCGCUUCAAGAUCGACAUGCCCCACAGGUUCAAGGUCUACAACUACAAGAGUCCCACGUUCUGCCAGCACUGUGGAACGCUGCUGUGGGGCCUUGCCAAGCAGGGGCUCAAAUGUGAGGAAUGUAGCAUGAACGUCCACCACAAAUGUCAGAAGAAGGUCGCCAACCUGUGUGGGGUCAACCAGAAACUAAUGGCAGAAGCUUUGGCUGUCAUCGAGAGUAAACAACAGGCAAAAGGUACCAGAGAGAGUGAAAUCAUUGGCCGAGAAGGUCCGAUCGGUUUGGGCCAGCCAGGCGUGAUCCGGACGCCAUCUGGGUUGGUGGCAGGUUUACCCGUCUCAUCGUUACCUGCUAACAGAGACCCUACAGGCGUUCUGUGGGAGGGGCCUACAGAUGUCAGCACGUCCACUCCUGAGUUGGGCUCAGAAGAACCUCUGUAUGCCGUCCCAAAGAAAGAUCAUCAGCAGAGAUUCAACAUCGACGACUUCAUCCUGCACAAGAUGCUUGGGAAAGGCAGCUUCGGAAAGGUGUUUCUGGCGGAGCUGAAGAGGAGCGGGACGUUUUUUGCUGUGAAGGCUCUGAAGAAAGACGUGGUUCUGAUGGAUGAUGACGUGGAGUGCACGUUGGUGGAGAGGAGGGUUCUGUCUCUAGCCUGGGAGAACCCCUUCCUCACUCACCUGUACUGCACCUUCCAGACAAAGGAGAACCUCUUCUUUGUGAUGGAGUAUCUAAACGGAGGAGAUCUGAUGUUCCACAUCCAGAACUGCCACAAGUUCGACCUGAAUAGAGCUACGUUCUAUGCAGCCGAGAUCGUCUGUGGCCUCCAGUUCCUUCACUCCAAGGGAAUCAUCUACAGAGACCUGAAGCUGGACAACGUGCUGCUGGACUCGGACGGCCACAUAAAGAUAGCAGACUUUGGGAUGUGCAAGGAGAACAUGCAGGAGGAAUCCCGCACCUCCACGUUCUGCGGAACCCCGGACUACAUCGCUCCUGAGAUCCUGCUGGGUCAGAAGUACAACAGCUCCGUGGACUGGUGGUCCUUUGGGGUUCUGCUCUACGAGAUGCUGAUCGGUCAGUCUCCAUUCCACGGCCGCGAUGAAGAGGAGCUGUUCCAGUCCAUCCGGACCGACACUCCCUACUACCCCAACUGGCUCACCAAAGAGGCCAGAGACAUGCUAGUCCAGCUGUUUGUUAGAGAACCUGAGGAACGUCUGGGAGUGAAAGGAAGCAUCCGACAGCACAGCUUCUUCUGCAGCAUGGACUGGAUGGCCCUGGAGCAGCGGCAGGUGACACCGCCCUUCAGGCCAACUUUGUCGUCGCCCAGCGACUGCAGUAACUUCGACAAAGAGUUCCUGAACGAGAAGCCGCGGCUGUCCUGCGCUGACCGCACUCUGAUCAACAGCGUGGACCAAACCAUGUUCAGGAACUUCUCCUUCGUGAACCCGGGGAUGGCUCGCAUGGUGGGGCGCUGA